GAGAGAGAGAGAGAGAGAGAGAGGGAGCACCAAAAUGACGACGAGGACGAAUUUCUACAAGAACCCUUCCAUUACUUACAAGAAGGACCUCUCUCUCUCCUCCGUUCUUCAGAAUCUCAAAGCUUACAACACCGCCACCGGCAAUGCUCCGCCGCCUGAAGAGCAGACGCCCACCUCCGAUGCCAAAACGACAGGUCGUAAACGCCAGCGCGAUCCAAAACCACCGCCGCGUGGCGGGAAGCGUGAAAUUGAAGAGCGCGAUGGACCUAUGUCGCAUCAGGAUUACAUCGACAAGAGAAGAAAAGAAGCUUUUGCAAAGCCAGCUUUUGAAGAAUUGACUGCGGAUGUUUUGGGAAAGCAGGGACCUUCUGGUUCGUGUUUAAAUUUGGUACAGUAUGACAGUGAUGAGAGUAGUUCUUCGGAAUGUGAAGAGAAGCAGGAUCCUCCAAAUUCUGGUCAGGCGAAUGAAUCUGAUGGAGUAAAGAGCAGAAGUGAACAGCGGUACCCUCACCCAGGCGAACCUGUUUGUGUGAUGUGCGGUAAAUAUGGAGAAUAUAUAUGCAACGAGACCGAUGAUGACAUUUGCAGCAUGGAUUGCAAAGCUGAAUUACUGGAAUCUCUUAAAGCUGUCAAGGUAUUUAGCCUUACAAGUUUGUUGUGUGAAGAUCCAUUAAGUAAUGAAAGACCUGAUGUCUCCUCAUCCGGGCCCAGCUAUACCUUACCGAUGCCCGAUUUUGGUGAAGACACGUGGGAUUAUGAACGUCAUCGCUGGUCGAAGAAGACUUCCAAUCUUUGUACAUAUGAAUGUUGGAAAUGCAAGAGGCCUGGACACCUUGCUCAAGAUUGUUUGGUGAUGACACGAAACCAGAUGACAUUGGGCCAAAGCAAUUCAAUACCAGCGGACCUUGUUGCCUUAUACAGAAGAUGCCACCAGAUAGGGAAAAACAUGUCAGUGGCAAAGUGCAAUGAAUGCUACAGCUCAUUAAGUUUAGCUACAUGCCUUGAUUGUAGUACUGCCCUCUGUGACAAUGCAGGUCAUUUGCAUGAGCAUAUACAGAGACAUCCAUCCCAUCGACAAUAUUAUUCUCAUAAACUCUCCCGUCUGGUCAAAUGCUGUAAAUCAACAUGCAAGGUGACUGACAUUAAGGAUCUUUUGGCAUGCCAAUACUGUUUUGAUAAAGCUUUUGAUAAGUUCUAUGACAUGUAUACUGCAACCUGGAAAGGAACUGGUCUUUCAAUUAUAUCAGGUUCUGUUUGCUGUGAGGAUCACUUUGAUUGGCAUCGUAUGAACUGUUUCAAUGCUGGUGCGGAAGACAGUGGAUAUAUCAUCAGUAGGACAUCCCUGAAAGAGAAGCAUAUUCAGAUUAGUGACUUUAUCUUCUGAAAGUGAUACUGAGGCAGAGACAACUACGCUUUGGCUGUUCAUGAUGGUUUCAAAGUACUACUACUGUAAACCUUUACAGUCCAUGCAAAGUAAGAAUAUCCGCCGUUGCUUUGCCAGCUUGGAGCUCUAGGGCUGUACUUACAUGGAAGGUUGAUGUUAUUGCAGUUUUAACCAGGAAUUUUUAUGGACAUGUUUGUGAGGGUGGAGGCUGGCAAUGGCUGGCUGGCUGUAGGAGGUUCAAUGAAGGUCAAAUGAAUCUCAUCUGAUCAAUGUUCUAAAAAUCCCUGCCUAGGCGCUAAGCAGUGCUUCACCGUUUCCGUCUAGAGAUCUAAAAAAGCGAUUAAUCUCCCGAUUAACCCGCCUAGGCGCUAGUCAUCGGCUGUCUGCCCGACUAGCGCCUAGCGUUUUUUAGAACAUUGCAUCUUAUUCUUAUUAAACAGGUCGAGUAGUUUGUUAGUUCUCAGUUCCCAAAUCCAUGUGCAUUCUGCAACUAGUUUCUCACUUGUGUUUUAACUAGUUAUUUUCCCUCUUGGGAAUAUGUAGUGGUGAUGAACGGUUGUCCCGAAUGAUUCUUUUGAGCUAAGAAAUUUGAAAAUG